UGCAUGCAAACAUAUAUAAUGUGAUAUUUGUUUGAUUUAACAAACAGAGAACACCGAAAUGAAGUUUUAAUGUCGUUCAUAAAUUAAUUUCAUUUCAUACUACGGAACUUAAUCUUCUGAUAUAUUCUGAUUUACAACGGCAGUCAUGUCACACAAAGGAAUUUUUGAAGAAUCGGAUGAUUUUGAAGAUGAAAGUGAAUCGGGAGAAGAUUUUUCAGCGAGUGAAGAUGAAUGGAAACCAGGAAAAGAUGAUAGUGUUACCGAUGAAGAGGACGAUGUUGAUAAUACAAGCAACGACGACGAUGACGACGAUGACGAACCCAAGAAAAAAAGAAGUAAACAACAAAAACUAAAGAAAACAAAGAAAAGCAUUAAAAGAGUACCGAAAUUGACGUCAAGUCGACGAUCGACAUCAUCAUCGUCUUCAUCACUUCGAUCGAAGUUAUUUCGAAAAUAUAAUCCACUACCGAAGACUGUAUCAAGAUCACCCAGCACCACCAUUCCAGCAUCAGUGGCUGAAAUAUUAUCAAAUUCACAGUAUAAGCAACGCAAACAAAUGUCAAAAGCAACAGCGGUUUUAAGUGAUUCGGAAAGCAGUGAAGACGACGGUCUAGUUAAUCCAAAUGAAAUUGAUUUUAAUUCGGACUUCUUCAAUGUCAAAGCAAAUGAACAAUCACAAAACAAUGAGCCCGUUUUUGAUUGUAAUGCUGGCAUGAAAUUGUCCGAUUCAUCCGAUAAUGAGGAAUUCGCCGAAGUACCACCUGAAACGAAUAAUGAUGAUGAACAAAAGCAAUCAAUUGUUGAGAAAAUUAAUAAAAAAUCAUCAAGUCAAAUGCAUGAUUUCAGCAAUUUACAAACGUUUGCCAACAAUCUCGAAUCGGCAAAAGCACAAUUGGCCAAAUUGAAAGAUAAAGAAUUGAACACAAAGAAAACCAAUACGCAGGAAUCUGAUGUUACGAAGUUGUUGUCGUUGGGCGAAGGACCAUCUACGUCCAGUCGAAAGCGAAAACACAAAAGCGGCCAACAUUCAGAUGACUCGGAAUGGGAAAAUGUUUCAGAUGAUGACAGGCAGAUUGAAAUAAAAGAUAUUGAAAUUACGGUAAAUGAAUCCAAGGCUGGCAUUUCACGUGCACAAAAGAAAGCCAUUGAUUUAGAGGCAUGUCUUAAGCGACGUCUAAACCGUGAUAUCAAAGAGAAACAAGUGUAUUUGCAUAAGACCAGCGUUUUAUGUUGGAUUGCACAUGGAAAUUAUAUCAAUCGAAGUUUAAACAAUAUGAAAUUGAUGGAAAUGUGCCUGAAGCUAUUGCCAUCGAAAAAUGCAUAUCCAAAAGGUGACACAGACAUCAAGUAUUUUCAUAUGUUAACUGAAUGGUUCAACAGUGUCUUCGAUUUGAAGUCAACGAAACUUUAUUGUGACCUAAAGAAACUGCCGCCGAAAGUACUAUCGUUGGCCCUGCAAAUUCAAUCGAAAAAAGUUAUAAGCAAAUGUGACUUUGUGUUGCUUUUUGUAAUCAUGCUACGUUCACUUGGUCUCCAGUGUCGUUUGGUCAUAAACUUGAAUGUGCCGCCAUUGCGACCACCGCAAAAGGAUCUGUUCGUUGUUUCAUCUAAGGUGAAAGAUGCCACAGAUGUAGAUCCAAAUAAGACGACCAAGGAUGAGCCAAAACAAACAUUGGCCAAAAAGAUCAAGAGUUCAGCCGAAAAGAUGAAAGCAUCGACAAAGGAAAAGUCAACCAAAAGCAGCAGUAGUUGUAGUAGCAAACAUCAUGACAAAUCAUCUGAAUCAAAAUCAAACAAAUCACCGAAAAAGCAUAAUAUUUCUAACAACGAAUUGGAACAUUCGAACGCUGAAAUUCCUCGAAUUAAAGAUGCAAAAGUGAAAUUGUCUCGAAUGCCUCGCUUGGAUUCAGAUACUGCACAACCGACCGCAUCAUCAAGCAUUUCAUCAACUUCUCAAAAGCAAUCAUCGACAAGCAAAUCAAAGAAACCAGAAAGUGAUAAUCGAAGCAAUAAAACAAAUACUCGAAAACAAGAAAUGCAACAUAGUACGAAUGUUAAUUUAGCUGUGAAUGGUAAGAAAACAUCAAAAGAUGAUGGUAAUGCAGUAUCACAAAAUUCAAAGAAAACUACUUCAAACGCAUCUGAAAAAACAAAUGAAAAGGUAUCGUCUGAAUUUUUGAAAAAAAUCGAUGCAUUUUCCAAUCCGGUUUCGAAUGUUAAAAAAGAUGUUGCACGUCAACCAAAAAAACUAAACCUCGCACGCCUAGAUAUAAAUGUAAAUGCUCUAUUACCUGGCGCUAAGCGCACCCAACCUUCCAAGAAAAGUGAUAAAGACAGUUUGGAUGAAGUGAACCCGGAGGCAUCCGAAGUUGAUGGUUCUGAGCGAUUGGUCAAUUUGAAUCGUGAUCGGCCAAAGAAUCUCACGGGGCGUCCAUCGACACGUGUCGGCCGAAAACUUCACUAUCAAAAGUCGCUGGAUGACGAACAAUAUUCAGCUGAUAACAAUACGAAAAGCAAUUCAACUUUAUUAGCAAAAUCAAAUUUGAUUGGAACACCAACGAAAACCAAAUUAUUCGAACGAAAAAAUAGCGUUGAUUUAUCAAAAUUGAAAAAUAAACCGAAAGAAAUGCUUGCCAGCACGUUUUCACCACGAAAAACUCGGGCACAAGCUGCAGCAAAGGCUAUGCCUGUAGACACGGCAAAAAUAAAAUCAAAGCUUAAAUUGCCACAGUUGGAUGGUGCACAUGAUAUUAAACAAAAAGACAAGGAAAAGAAGAAGAACAACGCCAAGAAGUCACAGUCUGAGGAUGUAUCAUGCAGCGACAGUGAUUUUGAACCUUCGCCACCAAAACGUGUUCGAGCCGCUGUGAAAGCAGCUGUGAAACCUGCAAACAAACUGUUGACCAAUGCAAAGAAAAUCGAUCGACGUGUUUUUUCAACCGACGAAGAAAUUGAAGUAAAUACAAAUUGUAUGAACUUUUGGGUCGAAGCAUAUGCCGAAAAAGAGAAAAAAUGGAUUGUUAUUGAUCCCAUCAAAAAGAAAGUCGAUUGUGUUGAUAUCGCUCGAAAACAUGCGUCGAAGCCAAUAAUCUAUGUUUUCGGUUGGAACAACGACAAUACAAUCAGAGAUGUGACGCCACGUUAUUGUUCACAAUUUCAUACAACGACAAGAAAACAGCGUGCCGAACAAUUAUGGAUUGAUGAAGCACUUGAAAUGAUGCUAGAGCAGCGAAAUGCUCGCACAAUCAUUGAAGAUGUGGAAUUCAGUAAAUUACACAUGGACACACCAAUGCCAACAUCAAUCAAUGAAUUUAAAAAUCAUCCAUUGUAUGCGUUAGAACGUCAUUUAUUGAAAUUCGAAGCGAUCUAUCCACGGAAUGCGCUCACAUUGGGCUACAUACGAAAAGAGCCAAUUUAUGCACGGGAAUGUGUUCAUACGUUGCAUUCCCGUGAAAUUUGGGUGAAACAAGCGCGGACGGUGAAAAUUGGCGAGAAACCAUAUAAAAUUGUAAAAGCACGACCAAAAUGGAAUCGUGUCUUGAAUCAAAUGGAAGAAGCAAAGCCGUUGGAAAUCUUUGGAUUUUGGCAAACUGAAAAAUACAAACCACCAGUUGCCGAAAAUGGCAUUGUACCACGAAAUCCAUACGGAAAUGUGGAAUUAUUCAAACCAGAAAUGUUGCCGAUUGGUACGCGUCACAUUCAAUUGCCAAAUUUGAAUCGAAUUUGCAAGAAAAUGGGCAUUGAUUGUGCUCAAGCCGUUAUUGGUUUUGAUUUUCAUAGCGGCAGCUCACAUCCAACAUUCGAUGGUUUUGUGGUGUGCGAAGAAUUUGCUGAAGAUGUUAUCAUGCAAUGGAAAAUCGAUCGAGAGGAGCAAAUUCGUAAGGAAACCGAGAAAUUUGAGGCUCGUGUAUAUGGUAAUUGGAAGAAAUUGAUCAAAGGUCUGCUGAUCCGAGAACGAUUGAAGCGCAAAUUUAACUUUGGCGCCGAAGAAAAAACCGAUAAAAACACUGCCACAAAACGAAAGAAGGCAUAAAUCCAUUUAUUAUCGCAUGCAUCAGAUCAAAAAAUAACACAAGAAAAACACUCAGGAAUUAUUAUCACUAAAUAUUUAAAUAGUCAUUUUAUAUGAAUAAGAUUCGUUACAUUUUUUUUGCAAGUAAUUUUCGUUUAUUAUAUGUUUGUUAUUGAUGAUAUAUACGUAUCCGUUCUUACCCAAUCAGAAUUUUGUAAUUUUU